CUUCUCCAUCCGGGUGCUGGGGAGCGCAUAAGAGCCCGACUGCGCCUGCGCACCUAGCCCCACUCUUUCGACCUCUGCCGCCGUGUGUGCCGCCGAUACCUCCCGGGAAGAGAGGAAGCGGGAGAGGAGCCCACGUCGCCUGUCACCCAAGUCCUCCAGCCGCACCGCCCCGAGGAGUGUAAGAUGUUCGCCUGCGCCAAGCUCGCCUGCACCCCUGCUCUGAUCCGAGUUGGAUCCAGAGUUGCAUACAGACCAAUUUCUGCGUCAGUGUUAACUCGACCGGAGACUAGGACUGCAGAGGGCUCUACAGUAUUUAAUGGGGCCCAGAAUGGUGUGUCUCAGCUAAUCCAAAGGGAGUUUCAGACCAGUGCAAUCAGCAGAGACAUUGAUACUGCUGCCAAAUUUAUUGGUGCAGGUGCUGCAACAGUAGGAGUGGCUGGUUCUGGUGCUGGUAUUGGAACAGUCUUUGGCAGCCUUAUCAUUGGUUAUGCCAGAAACCCUUCGCUGAAGCAGCAGCUGUUCUCAUAUGCUAUCCUGGGAUUUGCUUUGUCUGAAGCCAUGGGUCUUUUUUGUUUGAUGGUUGCUUUCUUGAUUUUGUUUGCCAUGUAACAAAUUACUCCUUGAAAUGUUGGCAUUCAUAUUAAGUACGGAUGUAAUUCUGUGUAUCUUACUGUGACUCCGAAAACUGUAGUGUUGGUGUCAUGGAAAUGUACGUUAUUUCCAAAGUCAUUUCAUUAAAGAUGAAAACUUUAAUUUUUGCUGUGAUUUGUACUUAUACUAAAUUUAGAUAAUCACAAGGAAGAACAUGCAUUCAGGCAGAUGCUGUUCAAUUCAGAGGAAGCUAUAGCAGUGGCCCCACUGAUGGCAAAUAUCCCAAUGUAUUUUUUAUGGGAAUUAUUUUAUAUAGUGUUCUGCACAUUGUAAUUCAUAGGACUUCUGUUUAUUCAUAUAAAGGUGUACUGUUUGAGUGUUUUAAGCUUCUAUGAAAUAUGAUUAAUUAACAAAGAUAGUUAAUGCUCAAGAUGGUUUUGUGUUUUUUAGAUCUAGCAUGAAUUAGAAUACUUGGAUGCAGAAUCACUUUUCAGGACUGACUUGGUUGUUCUUAAGCAGCUGGUGGUGUUCUUAAGCAGCUGGUUCUAAAAAUAAAUAAUGUAGCCCUUUAGGAAGUGAAGCCUUAAACUGGGAACUAAUGUGAUUUUUUUUGUUUGUUUUUCAGUAAGUCUCACAUUAAAUAAUUGUGUUUAUAUAAUGAAUCUUAUAUGUCUUCUCAGAAGGGACUCAAUCUAACUAGCAGCUACUUUCUUACUUGAAGAAGAUUCUAUUAAAAACCAAAUAUCAAAAAGUAAACUGAAUUGGCUACAUUUUUAAAGCCAAAAUUUGUUAAAGUUCUUAUCACUGCUGCUGAUAUAUUUAAUUAUAAUGGGAAUCUUGGGAAUGAUAGGUGGUUUAACAGUGUUUUGCUUCUGAUACUUCAUGUUGCUUCUUGGUCACACUUUUCCCAUUAAAAGGAAAAAAGUGGUGCUACUAUAGAAAGAGUGAGUUUUUCACCCUAACAAAUACAUUGUAUUAUUAUUUGUCUUCUAAGUUUCAGAACUUAUUUGAAGGUUCAGAUGACAAUUAGGGAAGAUACUUCUUUGGUGUCCUUUACCUAAUUUGAUUUCACCUGAGAAAGCAGUCAGUUACCAGAGUUUCUUAAGUGUCGUAGGAAGACUACCUCCAUCAGAAUCACCUCAGAUGCUUGUUUAUUUUAAAAACAAAUCCUUCAGCUCUGGACCUACUGAAUUAGACUCUUUGGCCAUGAGACUUAGUAAUCUGCAUUUUUUAAAAGGCUUCCUGGGCAAUUUUUGUGCAUAGUUUUGAUGCCUUCUAUAAAGUGAAACAAGAGCUGAGUUGCUACAACUUUUUAGUUGACGAGUCAUCUAAUCUAUAUUAAAUAUGAAAUUCCUAGAGCCUAAACUAUUUUCUUGAGCAGCAUUACUCAAUAUUUAGACUCAGCAAUGUAUACAGAAAGCACUACUGUGUAACCCAGCUCUUCCAUGCUUGAUUUUCUGCUUGAAAUGUGGGCAUUCAUGUUAAUUACCCAAAAGAAUUGAAAAUAGGUAUUCACACAAAAACCUAUAAACAAAUACUAAUAGCACUAUAUAUAAUAACCAAAAGAUGGAAACAACCAAAUGUUCGUGAACUGAUGAAUGGAUAAGCAAAACGUGUUAUGUCCACAUAAUGGAAUAUUCAACCAUAAAAAGGAGUGAGGUGCUGAUAUAUGCUAAAUAAACAUGGGUGAACCUUGAAAGCAUGCUUAAUGAAAGAAGCCAGACACAAAAGGCCACAUACUGUAUGCUUCUAUUUAUGUGAAAUAUCCAAAAUGGGCAAAUCCAUAGCAACAAAGCCAAUUAGUGGUUAUCAGGGACUAGGGAAAGGGGAGAUGGGUGUGGGGUCUCCUUUUGGGGUUAUAAAAAUGUGAUGAGUUAGAUCGUGGUGGUGUUUGCACAGCAUUGUAAAUAUACGAAAUGUCCCUGAAUUGUAUACUUUAAGAUGGUGUAAAUGGCAAAGUUCACAUGUAUUUUACUAUAAUUAAGGAAGUACUAUACUAUGUAAUACAAAGUACAUAUUAUAAAAACAUUUUUAAAAUCAUAGAGAAACAUUUAGAAUAACUAGUACUCUGUUCCAAGUGUAUUUUAAAUAAAAUCAGUCUUCCUAAAGA